AUGUCGUCCACUCAUCAGAACGCGUCUACCGAUCUCCAAAUCGACCGAACAGACUCUCCUCUGGGCCUGAGGCACAUACCAGUCACCUUCGACAACACUGAACCCGAAAAGAGCGCAUUACGGUUGAUUGAAGACUUCCGCCCGCAAUGGAAGACAGAAGAAGGUGAAGUGAAGUUCACUCGCUUCACAGACGGCAUCACGAAUGUUCUCAUGAAAGCAACGAAAAGGCGGCCAGGUCGGACAGACCUCGAAAUAGACAAGGACGCAAUUCUGAUGAGGGCAUACGGUAAAGGCACAGAUGUGCUCAUAGACAGAGAGCGAGAACUACGCUCACACAAUCUGUUGGCGAGUCUUGGCCUAGCACCACCGCUACUGGCGAGAUUCGACAAUGGUUUGAUGUACAGCUUCAUCCCAGGUCAUGUAUGCUCCCACAAAGACCUCGCCAGGCCCGAGAUCUAUCGCCAAGUGGCGAAGAGACUCGGGCAGUGGCAUGGAUCGCUCCCCAUCAGUGCCAUCACAGCCACACCCAUGCUCGAUGCCGAAAGCGACCAAAAACACCUGAACCCACGAAAAGGCCAGAGCACCAGACCUUACCCCAACACAUGGACUAUUUUGCAACAAUGGAUCGAUGCCCUGCCCGAGAACACUGACAAGGAGAAGGAACGCAAGAGCAUCCUCAACGUCGAACUUGCUGAAAUGUCCUCCAAGCUCGGUGACACUCCUGGCAUCGACGGCAAGAACUACGUCUUCGUCCACCAUGAUCUCCUCUGUGGUAAUGUGAUCGUGACAGAAGACGACGAGAGCACCCAAAACAACGCCACGGAGAGGCCAGUGACCUUCAUCGAUUACGAGUAUGCCACGCCUGGUAAUGCUGCCUUCGACAUAGCGAACCAUUUCGCUGAAUUUGCCGGAUAUGAUUGUGAACACAGUGCCGUACCCGCAAAGUCACAACGAAAAGAGUUCAUUCAAGAAUAUGUAAAGUCAUAUCGCUAUCAUUCGAUCUCAGACAACGACACCACAGCCGUGGACAUCGACUUCCAGAAGGACAUCGAGACCCUCUACGAACAGGUUGAGCAGUUCCGAGGCAUGCCUGGUCUCUUCUGGGGCGUGUGGGCCUUGAUACAAGCAACAAUCAGCCAAAUCGACUUUGACUAUGUCACCUACGCAGAGCUAAGACUCAGCGAGUACUGGGCAUACAAAGAGGAGGAGGAUGGAUCUCGCGAAAGGGAAGGAAGAGAGAUGCACAUCCGAGAAAAGAAAUGGCAUUCGGAGUGA